GGAGGGGAGGGGGGCUGAGGUGUGCCCGACUGACAGAGCUUUGUUUUGGGGGUGAACGACACCGCUUGCGCGCAACGGAGAGUCGGCGCAAAGUUUCCUCGAUGGCGCUGGUGAUGGAGCCGGUGAGCAAAUGGAGCACGAGCCAGGUGGUGGACUGGAUGAAAGGUCUGGACGACUGCUUGCAGCAGUACGUGUGUGUGUUUGAGCGCGGCGGUGUGUGUGGGGAGAGGCUGCUGAGGAUCAGCCACGCCGAGCUGGAGGAGCUGGGAGUCUCUCGCAUCGGACACCAGGAGCUCAUCCUGGAGGCCGUCGACCUGCUCUGCGCUCUGAACUCAGGUCUGGAGACGGAGAGCGUCAGGACUCUGGCUCACAAGCUCGGCGCCUCGGCCAAGAACCUGCAGAACUUCAUUUCCGGCCGCCGCCGGAGCAGCCAAUCGGAGAGCAGAACCUCGCGGCGGCUGCCCAACGAUCUGCUGACCUCUGUGGUCGACCUCAUCACCGCCGCCAAGAGUCUGCUCGCCUGGCUGGACAGGUCUCCGUUUGCUGCAGUGGCGGACUACUCGGUAACCCGAAAUAAUGUCAUUCAGCUCUGCCUGGAGCUCACCACCAUUGUACAGCAGGACUGUACGGUGUUUGAGACGGAGAACAAAAUCCUUCACGUGUGUAAGACUCUGUCGGAGGUGUGUGAGCACAUAGUGUGCGUGUCCUCCGACCCGCUGGUCUCCCAGUCGGCCCACCUCGAGCUGGUCCACCUCACCAACAUCAAGACCUCUGAAGGCCUGGGCAUGUACAUCAAGUCGACGUACGACGGCCUCCAUGUGAUCACAGGAACUACCGAGGCGUCUCCAGCUGACCGCUGUAAGAAGAUCCACGCGGGAGAUGAAGUCAUUCAAGUCAAUCACCAAACGGUGGUGGGCUGGCAGCUGCGCAACCUGGUGGGCUCGCUGAGGGCCGACAAGGGCGUGGUGUCCCUGACCCUGAAGAAGCGUCCGCAGAGCACGCUCAGCUCCGCCCCCGCGCUGCUGAAGAACAUGCGCUGGAAACCCCUGGCUCUGCAGCCAACCAGAAGCCCAGGCAGCGGUUCAGGCACGCCCUUGGACACGCCCACCAAGAGCUCGGCGCUGCAGGACCUUUACAUCCCCCCUCCGCCCGCUGAGCCUUACACACCCAGAGACGAGACGGGAGCCCUGUCUGUAGACGAGGCGUCUCGCAACCACGGUGGAGUCAGCCUGGCCAAGCGCUCCGAGUCGCCCAACUCCUUCCUGGAUCAAGAGUCUCUCCGGCGAGAAGAGGAGGAGCCCGUGUACUGCACCACGCCCACAUAUGGCAGGCUGAGGCCCAUCUCCAUGCCUGUGGAGUGUAACUGGGUGGGCGACUAUGAAGACCCAGCCAAGCUCAACAGAGAAAGUCGCAGAGAGGCGUCGCUCCUGCGUUACGUGGGCCUGCCCGGCGCCGACGAGCGGAUCGGCUCCGACGACUACUCCUCCCACACGGCCCGUCCGGGCAAGCGGACCAACGACACGACCAAGCGCGCCAAGAGGCGGAGCCACCACAGCCAGAGCCCCUCCCACUACGUCCUGCAGACCAAUCAGAGGGAUUCCCCGCCCCGAGACCCAGCCUCCAUUUAUCACACAUACCAGCAGUCGUCCUCGCUGCAGACAAAGAACAGGAAGAAGAAUAAAGGACGAGCGUUGGCCUCGCUGAGUCGCCGGAGAGUUUCCUGCAAGGCGCUGGGCCGGGGCGACUGCGAGGGCUGGCUGUGGAGGAAGAGAGACGCAAAGGGCUACUUCUCUCAGAAGUGGAAGAAGUACUGGUUCGUGCUGAAGGACAACUGCCUGUACUGGUACAUCAACGAGGAGGACGAGAAGGCCGAGGGCUUCGUCAGCCUCCCCGAGUUCAAGAUCGACCGGGCCAAUGAAUGUCGCAAGAAGUAUGCCUUCAAAGCGUGUCACCCCAAGGUCAAGAGCUUCUACUUCGCAGCAGAUGGAGUGGAUGACAUGAACAGAUGGCUGAGUCGCCUCAACAUGGCCGCCGUGGGCUACGCCGAGCGUGAGAGGCUGCGCCAGGAGCAGGAUUACUGGAGUGAGAGCGAACAUGAGGAGGACACCACCUCCAGCCCCAAACAGGACAGUCCCCCGCCUCCAUACGAUACCUACCCACGGCCUCCAUCGAUGAGUGCCUACCUGGAGGGCCGCACCACUCGGCUGUCCUCCACGGAGACGUCCCGCUCCCGCUCCUCCCAGGAGGACUUCCUGUGCGGCGAGCCACCGGCGGCGGCCGCCGAGCCGCAGUACCACCCGGGUCCGCUGGGGGGCGGCACCACGCACAGUGGCAGAAAGCCGGGCGGCAGCAACAGCAGCGAUGUGCAGUACCGAUGUGAUCCUGUGGAGUACCGUUCCAGUCCCGCAGGGGGCAGCAGUGAGACGGGGUCGCCCGGCCGCUCUUCGUCGUCCCAGCGACGUUCCUGGCAGGACCUGAUCGAGACGCCGCUGACCGAGGCCGGACUGCACUAUUUACAAACUGGACCACUAGAGGACGCCGUCUUCGCUGAGCCCGGCCCGGGAGGCGGGGGGGCGAUGACGGCCGGAGCCGUCUACACUCUUCCCGCGCAGAGGAAUGUCCCGUUGCCCAUGGCGAUGCAGAGGCUGAUUCCUAUGGCAACCCAGGGAGGGAAACCCCGCAGCUUCACGCUGCCCAGAGACAGCAACCUCCACACGCUCCUCACGCCCUCCGCGAAGGAAGAGCAGCAAACGCACAACGGGGGCAGUGAAGGUGCGUCCCUGGGCGACCUGUUCCGGGCGUGCGAGCAGGGCGGCGUGUGCCCCCUGGGCCGCGCGUCGGACGCCAAGGACCAGGCCGAGUUCAGGCAGUCGUUCCUCCGACGGGCCGCCGACCCUCAGCUCAACGACCGCCUGCACCGCCUCCGCAUCCUCACCUCCACGCUGAAGGACAGGGAGGGGGAGCUAGCGCUGAUUGACAGGCUGUUGGCCAAUCCCCAGCUGUCGUCGGCUGAGUUCCAGGAGUGGAAGAGAGCCUAUCAGGAGCUGUUCUCUCAGGAGCCAAACUCCGCCGCCGAGACAGACCCCGGCCCGCCACUGACCCCCUCGCUCUCUCACACACACUCCUACAUCGAGACCCAUGUCUGACCUGUGAAGCACGCACACACACACGAUCACACACACACACACACACACACACGAUGACGAUGACCUGCGCUCCUCUCGCCUCCCAGUUCUGGAAAGAGUCGCAGUUUUCGUGAGGGAGGAGUCCAAGCGCAAUACGACACUUUUUUUUCUGGGGGACACGCGUUGUCUGAGUAACGUAAUGAGACGAUUCCCUCUGUGUUUGGUCUAAACGCACCACAACACUGGUAACACCCGGAAUGCUCGACUUAAAGUGAGGAAACUGAUUCUAUGAGCUAUCGUGGAGCUAUUGCUGCAAGCCCCAACCCCAAGCCCCCCCCCCCCAGCUUUAAUACUCGAUAUCCAUGACGAUAUUUUCUGUACGGCGAGUGUUUCAGGCUGAGGACAGUGAGCACAUGUCUUUUGGAUUUCUAGUUCUAGAGACUUCUGUUUGUGCUGCUUUGUGAGAAGUUCGUUCUGUGCUGGGCUGGACCUGGACCUGGGUGCAUGCACAUUCGAUAUAGGACCCAUUUAAAGGAGCAAUCCACCUUAAAAAAAAAUCUUUAAUGCGGUGAACUUGGGGCUUUUGUGGACCAAGAAGAGUCUUGUUUUUUCCCCCUCCAAUGCCAGUCACUUGAUUUUAUCACUCCUUAAUUCUUCAGGCGGAAACAUCUUCUUCAUCUCAUCAUCUUUAUUGUUUUAUGCAGAUUACAGGGCCAUUUGCACCUCGGAUUAAACAUGUGAUCUCUAUCUGGAAAUUGACAUUUGCUCCACGGGUUCUCUUUUUGUAAAAUGUCAAUGGUGCCUGCGCUGUGAUCGGAUCUCGACAUGCGAGUGAAUUCGCUGUGUGUGAAAAAAAAUCUACUUGGCAAUAAACCUGUUUCUUGACGCUGACUCUGAACAUGCAUGGUCGUGCUGCACGAAUUACACCAGGCGGAGAUCCGAUCGCAGCGCGAGCCCGACCAGUUCGCGUGUAAACGUCCAGAUGGGAAAUCCAGUUACAGAUGUUAAUGCCAGGUGUAGACUCAUGCAUCUCCAUAAAUCUGACCUCUAACACCGCAUAACGGUAUAAAGCAGUAGAGUCCAAAGGUAUGACCACAAUUUAAUGUAUUUGAUUUCAUUCCCCACAUCGUAUCAUUUAACAAAAAGGUGUUUCUACUGUACGGCAGUGAGGCUGGAUACUUGCAAUUUGCCUCUGGAUCCAUUUUCUUUCAUUUUCUCCGGCUGUAAUUUGCCAUUUCAUCACCUGAGAUACAGUCACCAUGGCAACUACAAGUCUAAGAGACAAAAAAAAAAAAAAAAAAAUGGCUUAGCUGGUCUGGUCACCAGAGAAAACAUCAUAAAACAUAUUUUUACAUACAACAUAAAUAACGUAACGUAUAUUUAAAGUAGAAUGAUUGUCGCUAAAUGGCUCCUGAUCAAUCAUUAUACUUCAUGUAACAGUGUAAAGGUUUCCAAAGGGUGGACUUUUCCCUCAUUUGGCUCCUCUGUAUCCUGCAUGCAACAUAGAGAGCAUGAGGGAAUGUUUGCAUAGGAAUUGAAUUUACGGAUCUGAUGAAUAUAUAUAUAUAUAUAUAUAUAUAUAUGUUAGUUUAUUAUUCGUCCACCGCUGCCAAAUGGCUUAAUACUCAGAGGCAACUGCACAAAACUAUGAAAGCAAUCAUGCAGACUAAUAAGCACAGAGAAAACACAUGGCACUCGGUUUGAAUGCUCUUUCAAUGCUGCUGCCCCGUGGUUGGUUGUAGUAGCAUGUCUUUGUUGUAGAUAAAACACAAUAUUCCUUUUUUCCCCCUGUUUUUUGUGUUUUGAAAUUCUCUAGAUACAGUAGAUCUCUCUAUCUUUGCAGAGUGCAAACUAAGUGUCUUGGGUGAUGUUCUCUAACUCUAAUCGGGUCUUUUUUCCAGAGACCGUCGUUGAGUAAAGAUUGUUUAAUGUUAAAGCUGGAAAUUACGGUUUAAAAAGGAAAAGAAGAAGCAGUAUUUAUUUAAACGUGAUCAAUCUGCGUUUACUUGUCGGGGAAGAGGCGGGUGGAUCAAUAAAGUUUGGUCAUUUGGAUGAA